AUGGUAAUUCUACCUUCUUCUGUUACUGGUAGUCCCCGACACAUGCAUGAAUACACCCUGGAUGCAAUGACAUUUGUGCGUAACUAUGGUCGACCAGAUUUGUUCAUUACAUUUACGUGCAAUCCGGCUUGGUCAGAAAUAAAGGAGACACUAUUAGAUGAACAGAAACCAACUGACCGUCAUGACAUACUGGCACGUGUUUUUAAGAGAAAACUGGCAAAAAUGAUAGAAGUAAUCACAAAAUCGCAAAUCUUUGGUGAAACUAGAUGCUGGAUGUACAACAUUGAAUGGCAAAAGCGGGGCCUUCCACACUCCCACAUUCUCAUUUGGCUCAAAAAUAAAAUAAAACCCACUGACGUCGAUAGCAUCAUCAGUGCUGAGAUUCCGAACCCUCAAGAAGAUCCUCUACUUUUUGAUAUCGUGACAAAGAAUAUGAUCUAUGGUCCGUGUGGAGGUUUUAACAGUAUCUCACCCUGCAUGAUAGAAGGAAAAUGUUCCAAAAAAUUUCCAAGAAGAUUAAUUCAAGAAACGCAAUCAAGUGAAGAUGGAUAUCCAUUGUACAGGAGAAGGAAGCCAGGAGAUGGAGGAUACACCGCGAAAAUCAAGAAACUAAAUGGAAAUAUUUGGCAGGAAAUAAUAAUUGACAACAGAUGGGUUGUUUUGUGCUCACAUUAA